CGUUAUUUGUGUUUGCAGCACAGUCGAGGCAGACAGACGCUGCAUCAAGACCUCCUUUGUUCAAGUUUGAAGGGACCACCAGAGGAAGAAACAGGAAAAAUGGGUGCAGGUUAUGGAAACAUCAUGGAUGUUGAAACUACCGGAGCUUCACGUGAAACAGCUGAUCAGGACCGGCUGGACUGUGAGGGUGUGGAAGCAUCACACAAGAUGGCAAAGAUCGAUUAUGCCAGAAUGAAGAACUACAGGUCAAUAAUCAAACAAGUGGGAACUAAAUAUGACAUUGAGCCAGCUGUUAUUGCUGCCAUCAUCUCCAGAGGGUCCAGGGCUGGAAAUGUGCUUACGAACGGCUGGGGAGACAGCGGGAGAACCUGGGGACUGAUGCAGGUUGAUGUCAGUCCAGAUGGAGGUAGACACCCUAAAAAGGGUGACUGGAACAGCGAGGAACAUCUCUGCCAAGGCACCGAGAUCCUGAUUUAUUUUAUCGAUCGGAUCCGCAUCAAAUUUCCCAACUGGAACAGUGAGCAGCAGCUGAAAGGGGGGAUAGCAGCCUACAACACAGGGGACGGGCAAGUCAAGUCCUAUGAGAAAGUGGAUAAGAAAACAACAGGACGAGACUACUCCAACGACGUUGUUGCCAGAGCUCAGUGGUACAAAACCAAAGGUGGCUUUUAAUAGCUGCAGUAUUAUUAUAAAGUCUGGUCUAAGUGCCUGUACUUUGAUUAAACUUGGCUACUCCUUCACUCAUUUCAUUCAUUUUUUUUCUGUAUUAAACUGCACAUUUUGUCUCUUAAAUGCUUGUAUUCUUGUCAUAACUUGUCUUUUUUUUCAUCUUAGUCAAUCAGUUUGAAUUAUUCUAUAAAUAUAUGUGCACUUGUCUGUACUGGUUUGAAAUAAUUACUUAAUUUUUUGUUACGUUAUUACUUUAUUUCAUGUUUUUAAUGUUUUCUUUUUACUUUUGCUUUGUGUAUAAGAUGCUACAUAAAUAAUAAAUUAUUCAUUCAUUAAUUAAAUAAUUGCUUGCUUGCUUUUGCUGUGAAUUAUUAGCUGUUGGUGGUUUUAUGUGUUAGAAAAUCAAGACAAAGUUAAAUGUCUUCGAUGGUAAAUCUGUUCACUAUAGAGUGAAAAUAAAAGUUCAUCUGUGCAUCAACCUUGGACUUGUACAAUAUGUACAAACUACACAUGAAAUAAACACAAAGUAAAUGCA